AUGACGGACUCAAUACAUUUGUCUCGUCUCCGCAAGUGGUUCCUCGCCUCCCCGCCCAUCGAGUUUGCCAUAACCAACCUCAAGGAGCUCCUGAUCGGUGCGCUUCGACAAGGUCCCAUCCCGCAACAUGUCGCGUUCGUCAUGGAUGGAAACAGGCGGUUCGCCAGAUCACAUGGAAUUGAGACAGUGGAGGGUCAUAAUCUGGGGUUUGAGGCAUUGGCAAGGAUUCUAGAGGUCUGUUACAAGAGUGGGGUGAAGGUUGUUACGAUAUACGCGUUCAGCAUUGAGAAUUUCAAGCGAUCCAAGUUCGAGGUGGAUGCGCUGAUGGAUAUGGCGAAGGUGAAGCUUUCACAAAUGGCACAGCAUGGAGACCUGCUAGAUCGAUACGGAGCCAAAGUGCGCGUCCUCGGCCGACUCGACCUUCUCAAACCGGACGUUCUGGCCGCCGUGAACAAGGCAGUCGACUUGACCAGCCGCAAUGGCGACCGCGUGCUAAACAUCUGCUUCCCCUACACCUCCCGCGAUGAAAUCACCUCCGCCAUUCGUGAGACCGUGGAAGAUUACAGCACGCCUCUCAAGUCGACCAAUGGAGCCGGUCGGACACCUUUCUCCGAAUCUCAUAUCACGCAUAACAUCCGGGCCCAGAACCUGGGGACGAAACACCACGAUACGAACAGCGACUCCGACUCUAUAUCUGCCGAGUCUUCCACAAACGAGGACGACCCCAUCCUACGAAAUGAUUACCCCCACCGAGUCUAUGAGUCUGGCUCGUCAUUCUCUUCCUCCACCACUCUUCACCUCGGCCAGCAAGAUGGACAUCCCCAGAAGGGCGCGACACAAGGAAACUCGCCCGAGCCGACAUUCAUCUCCCCCGAAACAAUUACACGCCAAACUCUGUCCGAUCACAUGUUGACCAAGGGUACUCCGCCUCUGGACAUGUUAAUCCGUACAUCGGCCGUCGAGCGACUAAGCGACUUCAUGCUUUGGCAAUGCCACGAGAACACCGAGAUCGUCUUCUUGGACGUCCUGUGGCCCGAGUUCGAUCUCUGGCAUUUCCUGCCCGUCAUGCUCGGCUGGCAACGCCGCAUCUCCAAGUCUCGUCAGAACCCGGAGGCUGAGGGCAACUUUGCCGGAGACAGCCCGGAGUCUAGCGAGGAGGAUUUGGAUGUCAGGGUCUUGCGUCAAGGCAAGGUGAAGGGCAUUUAG